GGGCAGCGCUGUGUGCGGCGCCGCUCUGGGCCCGCGGGGAGCGACUCUCCGCCCCGGCCCGGAGCGCGCCCUCGCCGCCCUCCCCGCCGCGCGCAGUAGUCCAGUCCCAAGAUGGCGGCCACCAUGAAGAAGGCGGCUGCAGAAGAUGUCAACGUUACUUUUGAAGAUCAACAAAAGAUAAACAAAUUUGCACGGAAUACAAGUAGAAUCACAGAGCUGAAGGAGGAAAUAGAAAUAAAAAAGAAACAACUCCAGAAUUUAGAAGAUGCUUGUGAGGACAUCAUGCUUGCAGAUGAUGAUUGCUUAAUGAUACCUUAUCAAAUUGGUGAUGUUUUCAUUAGCCAUUCUCAAGAAGAGACACAGGAAAUGUUAGAAGAAGCAAAGAAAAAUUUGCAAGAAGAAAUUGACGCCUUAGAAGCCAGAGUGGAAUCAAUUCAGCGAGUGUUAGCGGAUCUGAAAGUUCAGUUAUAUGCAAAAUUCGGGAGCAACAUAAACCUCGAAGCUGAUGACAGUUAAACAUUUUAUAAUACUUUUUUUUAAUUUGUUUAAUAAACUUGAAUAUUGUUUAAAAUGAUAAUUUCCCUUCUUCAAAUGAUAUGGAAAGCAAAACUUUCUUUUUUAAAAUUUUCAUUUAUUUAAUGGAAACUUGCCUAUUUUCACAUGUCUUGCUUAUUUAUUUUAUAUUUUUAAAAGAAGACAGUAUUCAUCUAUGUAUUUUGCAUAACGAUUCUAUCAAGUGUAGGGGCUUUAUGUCAUGUUAUUAAAAUCGGUUAAGCAACC